CCUUUCCUUAUCCUUCACCUCCCUUCCCGUCGCCGCCAUGUCUCCUCCGUCGCCGAUCUCCUUCUCCAUUUUCCGAUCACUUCUCCUCCUCCUCCUCUCAUUCCUCUGUUCGCUCGCUUUAGCCGAGCAAAAGCCCUCUGUUCAACCCUUCGACGUCACCGGAGAGAUUGAGCGGAUUAACCCUAAGCUUCCCCCGAAGACCCUCUCGCUCACUUCCUCGAAGCGAUUCGAGGGUUCUUCGGAUCUCGUCCACCUCCGUUACCAUAUGGGUCCGGUCCUGUCGUCUUCUCCGAUCAACAUCUACCUCAUCUGGUACGGUCGGUGGUCUCGCCCUCACAAGGCCCUAAUCAGGGAUUUCCUCAACUCCAUCUCCGACGCCGCAGUUCCUGCCCCCUCCGUCGCCGAGUGGUGGCGCACCGCCUCGCUCUACACUGACCAGACUGGUGCCAACGUCUCCAAGUCCGUGCUCAUCGCCGGCGAGUACAACGACGCUAGAUACUCCCACGGUAUCCACCUCACGCGCCUCUCGAUCCAGCAGGUUAUCGCCUCCGCCGCGAAGUCGGCAUCCUUUCCCGUCGACCACCGGAACGGGAUGUACCUCGUCCUGACCUCGCACGACGUCACGAUGCAGGAAUUUUGCCGCGCCGUCUGCGGAUUCCACUACUUCACCUUCCCCUCCAUGGUUGGAUACACGAUGCCGUACGCUUGGGUGGGAAACUCUGGCAAGCAGUGUCCGGAGGUUUGCGCGUACCCGUUUGCCAUCCCCGGGUACAUGGGCCACGCCGGUCCUGGGGCGCUCCGACCGCCGAACGGCGAGAUGGGUGUCGAUGGUAUGGUGAGCGUGAUCGCUCACGAGCUCGCCGAGGUGGCGUCGAACCCGCUGGUGAACGCUUGGUACGCCGGAGAGGAUCCGACGGCACCGACGGAGAUCGGAGAUCUGUGCGAGGGGUUGUACGGAAGCGGCGGGGGAGGAGGGUAUAUUGGGCAGGUGAUGAGCGACAGAGGAGGGAAGACGUUUAAUAUGAAUGGAAAGGGAGGGAGGAGGUUUCUGGUGCAGUGGAUCUGGAACCCUAAUCUGAAAGCUUGCUCUGGUCCUAACCGCAUGGACUAGAGGAAGAAGACGAAGACGGUGAUGAUGGAAUAAUGGCUGCCGGAGACAUUUGGUGUUCAGGAUUAGGUUAUUAGUGUAACAUUAAUAGACUUUAUUUUUUGAAUAUAUUUCUUUGUUUCGAUAUAGUAUAUAUAUAUAUAUAUAUAUUGUUUGUGGCCUUAAUUACGCAUUUUAAUUUUCUAAAUUGGUAGUUUCUCGUUAUGUUUCGAAUUAAAGCUUAACUAA